UAGAAAUUUUUUUACUGUUGGUUUAAGUAUUAUUUUUAGUAUUGAUAAUUCUCGAAAUCCUGAUUCGGAAAAUAUUAAUUUAAAAACAGGUAUUAUGAUCAUUAAUUAUUGAAUAUCAUAAUACUUAAUAUACAACUAAAAAAUAGGCAAAAUUUUUGCUGCUUUAGUUGACAUCCCUACACCAUCCCUUUACAAACGAUUCAACAAUGCAUUCGAGUUUCUUUAAAUACAGAGAAACAUGUACUCGUGUAAACCAUAUGCAUCUCUAAUGACAAAACAAAUUUUUGAGGAUCAGUGGUUCCAAAAGACCGCCCUGAUGCCCGUCUCUGUUCUAUCAGCCUCCACCCAAACACGUUUCGUCGAUGCUCGAUCCUUCCCCACGAUCCUCCUGGCUUCAUUUUGCACAAAGCGUGCCACAGUUCAACAUAGUGUGUUCCAGUGGUUCACCGACUGAAUGACGUCAAACCACAGCUCUUUCUCCGGAAAAGAGCUAGUGUUCUCGCUUCGCCACAUGAUACGUGCUUCUUAAUUAGCGUGUCUAGUGUAAGAGUGGCCGCGGAAGUGGUUCAGUUGAAUGAUUCACAGUGAGAAAAACGUUGGAAUCCUGGUUGCAUCGGACUUUCUCACGUAGAUACCUUCGAAUCUCUUAAACGAGCUCCUCUUUGUGUUGAUCCUGAUUGAAAAGAGCAUUUGCUCCAGCCACCCGAAUGUCUGCGUAUCUCUGUCCUCCUGGAACCAUUAGCGGCGUUCUAUCCCGAAGAAAUUUAAGGUGACACUGGCCUCUAAUCACAUAAAAUGAAACUAUACAUCCUGCUCUCACUGCUGCUACAAAUAACAUUCACAUUUCAACUAAAAUUUCCUUUUCAGACUAGCCAACUGGACACAACCAACGAAACCUCAGGAUGUUGUUACUGCAGUUUCAAAGACACAUCGUACAUGGAGUCCAAGUGCGGUGUGAAAACUUCUUUCAUGACUUUGAUUGAGAAACUGUUUGAAUCGCGAUGCGACAUAUCAAAUGCUUGCAAGAGGCUCGGAAGUGAGCAACUACCUUAUGAAUGGUUCGACUUCAUCAUAGUCGGAGCUGGUGUAGCUGGCCCUAUAAUUGCUCGAAGACUAAGCGACUUUCCUUGGUGGAGAGUCCUGCUAAUUGAAGCAGGACCCGAAGAACCAACAAUGACUUCGAUUCCAGGACUCGCGUUCCAUGCUGUUAAUUCGACAUUAGAUUGGAAUUAUAAAACGGAACCUGCAGUACCUCACCCAACAGCAUGUUUAGAGACCGACGGUGUGUGCACUUGGCCGCGAGGAAGAAUGGUUUCCGGAACCGGAGGUCUGUACGGAAUGAUGUACGCCCGAGGGCAUCCGGAAGUUUACAAUAGCUGGGCUAGGGGUGGAGCGAGUGGUUGGUCCUACGACGAAAUCGUCCACUAUUUCGAACGAGCUGAAGAUCCGACCGAUCAAUCAAUCCUAUCUGACAAGCCCAGAACCGUCCCCAUACCAGGUCCCAUGAAGAUUCAGUAUUAUUCCCACAAGCCCGCAUUUGUCGAUGAAGUACUGAAAGCUGCAGCCGAAUUGAACUACAGAACGGCUAAAUUGAAAGAAUACACGCAGACAGGUUUCAUGGUAGCCCCGAUGGUCACUGAGAAUGGGAUGCGCGGUACGACAUCCAGAAACUACCUGAGACCAGUCCAUGGGAGGCAUAACUUAAAAGUCUUAAUUAACGCACAAGUAACAAAGAUUCUGAUAAACCAAUGGCAGAACAGAGCCUAUGGUGUGGAACUAAUAGACAAAGAUGGCUUCAAGAGGACCGUGAAAGCUAGCAAAGAAGUGAUCCUAUCAGCUGGUACCAUUGGAUCCUCUCAAAUAUUAAUGAACUCUGGGAUAGGUCCUAAGGAACACUUGACCAAGCUUGGUAUACACACGUUCAAGGACCUGCCUGUGGGUCAGAAUCUCCACAAUCACGUGUCAGUUGCUAUUCACUGCAGCAUUAAGGACACUGCCUAUGAACCUAUGACGAUGGACAGUGUCAACGAGUAUUUGGAAACAAGGACCGGUCCUCUGAGUAGCACUGGACUGACCCAAGUGACUGCAUUCCUCGAGAGCAGUUAUGCUGUCACUGGUGUACCUGAUAUUCAACUGUUCUUCGAUGGAUUCUCACCGAAGUGUCCCAAAACUGGUUUAGAAUUCGAGUGCCUAAACGGAGCUCUAGGUUUAUGCCCUGAUAGGAGACAGAUAGUGAUGAGACCGACUGUGGUCACCGUGGCUAGUCGUGGAUACAUGAAACUGCGAUCUGCCGAUCCAAUUGCUCCACCUUUGAUUUAUCCUAAUUAUUUCACUGAUACUAAGGAUCUGAAGGUACUGGUUCAAGGGAUCAAGAAAGCUAUCGAACUGAUGAACACGAGGACUAUGAAGCAGUGGGACUUGAAACUGGAGUCUGUGAUUCAUCCCCUUUGCGCCAACUAUCAUUUCGGAAGCGACGCUUAUUGGGAGUGCUACGUAAGAGCCGCCACUGGACCAGAAAAUCAUCAGUCAGGCACUUGUAAAAUGGGUGCAUACGAUGAUCCAACAGCUGUGGUGGAUCCGGAACUUCGAGUGCGCGGAAUGAUGAACCUUCGAAUUGCCGACGCUUCCGUGUUCCCGAGUGUGCCAAACAGUAACCCUAUCGCUGCUAUAAUGAUGAUCGCCGAAAAGGCAGCCGACAUGAUCAGGCAUACGUGGACGAAGGAUUGAACCAUGAUAACAUUGACGUACACUUGAGUGCAUCGUAGCGUUUCUACUGACUAUACCUACACUCUCCUCCCUAUUUCUUUUCCAAAUCAUUUUUAUAAUUAAUAUCGUGAAAAAUAAAAUUUUAUGAAUUCCUGCUUUCCGAGUAACGCCAAUUUUCCUAGGGAAGCCUAUUUUGCACGAUGCUGUACAUAUUUCUUAAGAUGAUGAAUUUUUUUAUCUCGAACGUCAAUGUUACGUGUGUACACUCUGAUAUCUACUAUCGUAUGGUAUUUUACACGUGUGAUAUUUUUCAUUUGAUACUAGGCUGUUGCAUAUGAAAUGACCGAUUUAUGUAUAGAACUUUCAACGAUUAUAAUUUCGUUAAAAAUAACAUUUAUUAAUCAAAACUACGAAUCACUUUAGGGAUUCCUAUCUUAUCAUCGAAAUUUGUCAAACUAAUGCCAUAUUGUGUGUUCAUUAGCUGUAUUGCAAAUACAAAUAUCAAGUCAACUUGAUGUUUCAUUCACUUUAUAUAUUUUUUUACUGUUUAAAAAUAUAUGUACCUCUGAGUCUAAUGAAACCUUCGUAAAACAGAUAUGUGAUAUUUCAUUUUUUAUUACGAUUGCAUACUUUAUGUACACAUAGGUAUAUGUUCAGUAAAAAUAUAUACUCUGUUUUAUAUGAGUAAUUAAUAUAUUUUGCUGUUUGUGGUCAGGCACGUACGUAUUCCGUGCGCAACGUAAAAACAGUUUAAAAUAAAUAUUUCAUUUGAUAUUAAUUCAAAUUAAAUAUUGUAUUUUAAUAAACAACUACAGCUUUUAAGCUCCCAAAAUACAAGAUUUUUAUCAAAAAUAUGAAAGUGGGUAACAUUGAUUUUCUCAGAAAACAUUAUCAUCUAUUGUCAAAUUCAUAUUGUGACCGAAAUAACUUGGGUCAAGUUCGUGAUCCUUAUACAAUGCCCGCCGUAGUGACUAUUUUAAGUGAAUUUAAAUGCUUUAGCUUUUGAGAUAAAAUACUUCCUGUUUCUUAUAUUUUAAAAAAGUACAGUCCGAAAAUGUUGCUUUUAAUUGUUAUAUUACUUCCUAAAUGAAUAAAGAUGUUUUAAAUGA